AUGCUAACCAGAACACCAACAAUGACCGAAGUGAUCAAAGUGCUGGGCACUUAUAACGGUCGUGAUAAGGCUAUGAGGUAAAGAUUGCGUUUUCCUAUAUUUUAUAUUGUUUUUGUUUAAAAAACACAUAUAUUAAACUGUUCAACAAAUUCUGCGCUUUUUUUAAAAAAAAUUGAAGUGUUAGGGGGCUCAGAAUUAUUUGGACGGCUUAAUAUCUUAAAAUGUCACAAAAAAGUGUUUUGUCUUUAGACUUUAACAGGUUCGUAAAGCCUUAUCCUCUGCCCUCUCAGGGCCAUGCUGAUAAAAAACGGCAAAAAAUUGAUUUUUUAAAAAAUUUUUAAUUUUUUUAAUACUUUAUUUUGAAAUUUUGAAAUUUUCUUCAUAUUUCAAAUUUCAGAACCCUAGGCUUUGGCAUAUUUUUAAUCUCGAACAAAAUCAAGAACGUUGAAUUCUCAAAGAACCUCAAACUAUUGGCCGCUCAGAUUAGCAAAGCCAGGCUGGUUUCGCGUCAGUUCAGCCAUAUUCCAUUGUUUUAUGGUACUAUGAAUCUGUGGAAGGUGUUUCAACAGUCUCCAGAUCAAGUGGAGACCGGUCUUAGUUUGUUCACAAUGGUCGGCUACUGCUUGUAUGCCAUCUUUGAGUUUGGUGAGUUGAGACUUGAUUUUUAUAUUUAAGCCUAAAAUUUAACCUUAAAGUAUGAAAUAUAAUUUUUAAGCUAAAAAACACAUUUUUAAACAUAAAUUUUAUUUUUAGGCUUACUUUUUUUAUUAUUAAGCCUAAAAGGUUAUUUUUAAGCCUAAAGUGUCUUUUUUAAAUUUAAAUUUUUAUUUUUAAGUUUAAUUUAUAUUUUGAAGCCUAUGUUUUGUGCUUGAGCAUAAGGUUUUAUUUUUAAGCCUAAAAUUUAUUUUUAGAUUUAAGUUUCUAUUAUUGAGCCUAUAAUUUCAUCUCAAACUUCAAUUUUUUAAAAAUUUCAUUUUAAUGUUGAAAAACACUUAUCCUAUCUAAUACAACUUUUUUCAGGCUGCUGGCUAAACGAAGCCAAUAUCAUAGCGAUUAGUCGAGAAAACUGGUACAGAUAUGCCAUCUUCAGUUGGGUGUCAGCACUAGUAGCCUCGCUAAUCCAAAGUCUUCGCAAAAUCUUUAUAAUCGAACCACUAGAAGACAAUCAUGGUGUAGUAGACAAACAGAAACAAGAACAACGAUCCAUGGAUAGAGUACUGCUACUAGGUACUAUGGCCGAUUUGGUCGCUGGCAUUGGAUUGUUACCUAAACAAAUAUUGUGGGGAGGAAAACUGACCGAACAACAAAGCUCAUUCUUCUUCUUUGUUGCUUCUGUCAUUGGAUUGUACAGAUGCUUUUAA